AUGCGAUACACACAGCUGCUGCGAAACGUCUCCAAGGGAGUCCAGAAGAGUGGCCAGAGCGUCCUCGUUCAGAUGCGAGAGGGAACUCCUAUCGGUCUGACCGGUAUCUACCAGCAUCCCAACCCCCGACCGGCACUGAUUGCCCUGUACGAGGCCACCCUCAAGGAGCUGCAAGACAAGCACCCCAAGGACUCUGUCUACCGACAGUCCAUCGAGAACCUGACUGCUCACCGAAAGCAGAUUGUGGAGGACAACGAGGUCAGUGAGGUGAUCGAGAACAAGAUCGGAGCCGGUCUCAUUGAGGAGGUGGUCAUCCAGGCCCACGAGGAGCUCGAGCUCGCCAAGAAGAUGAGCGAGUGGAAGCCCUGGGAGGAGCUGGAGGAGAAGCCUUUGGAGGACCAGUGGGUUUACUUCAACAAGAAGGGUGUUGAAUAA